UUAAUAUACAGCCUACGGUCACACCAAUUGAAGUCUAAAAUAAACUUAAAAGCAGUAAAAUCAAUGAAAUAAGUGGAAAAAAAACAGUGUGAACAAACGGAGAAACAGAAAGAAACACAGAGGAGCAGCAAUUGGGCAACACAACAUGGCAAAUCUUCUGGAGAACCAACUGUUCACGGCGGCAAAGACCAUCGAGCAGCAGCUUGACCAGCAGCUAGACCGCCUGGACAACCUAGACUCGGAUGAUUUAAAGGCUUUGAGGGAACAGCGCCUUCGCGAGAUGAAGGACCUGAAUAACAAGAAGCAGGAGUGGCUAAGAAACGGCCAUGGUACAUACACCGAGCUGGCCGACGAGAAGGAGUUCUUUGAGAUGUCGAAAAAGUCACCCAACAUUGUGUGCCACUUCUACCGUGACAGCACAGAGCGCUGCAAGAUCGUGGACAUGCAUCUGAAAAUCCUGGCCACAAAGCACGUGGAGGCUAAGUUCUGCAAGGUAAACGCCGAGAAAACACCUUUCCUUACCCAGCGACUGCGCAUCAAGGUGAUACCCACAAUCGCACUAGUGAAGGACAGCAAGACCAAGGACUUUAUUGUUGGAUUCACUGAUCUGGGCAACUGCGACGAUUUCGCCACAGAGAUGCUGGAGUGGCGCAUCGCCCACUCGGGAGCCAUUGAUUACAAGGGCGACCUGAUGCAACCACCAGAUGUGAAACGCAAACCAUUCAUAAACCGCCCACAGAAGACAAUACGCGGCGGCUACGAUUCAGAUGACUCCGAUAUCGAUCUGGAUGACUAACUACGGGCAGCCCAUCCCACACUCUCGAUUCCCCCAGCUCCAGUUCCACACUCCCACACAAAACUCACUCAAAAGCGAUGGAGAAACGAAAACAGAUACACAAAUCAAAACCUAGCACAUGGAUUUAAACCAAUUAGGCGUACUUUAGCGUUAUUUAUUUAAUUAUACGAUUCCGAUCACUCUGCUACGGUCCCCAUCGCCACAUAGUAUAAGUGGCCCCAUCGCCACCUAGUAUAAGUGGCUAAUUCGGUUGCCUUUUCCCCCCCGAUUAUGUGCUUUAAUAUCUAAUAUCUAUCAGUUCAAUCAGCCGCCUCGACGGCUGAGCCAAUCUAGCGAGCUUAAGCGUAUUCAAAAUUUGAUCUUUAUGGUAUUUGCAAUUCCAAAUCAAUGUGCACCUCUCAAGUAUAUAUGUUUGAUUAAACAUAGUUUUACAAGUCGGAAACGUUAUAUGUAAAACAAAAAAACAAACACAGCAUAAAAGACAAGCAAAAAAGCAUCUGGCAUAUAUAUAUUUCUAACAUUUCGAUAAAAAAAAAGGUGUACUGCAUUUCCUACAGUAGAGGUAACUAACACUUACAUAUGUACAAGUUUUUUAUAUUUAUUUUUGUAAUUCUACAAAGCAUCAAAGGAAAUCAACUAUUAAAUUGCAUGUUCAAAACAAAGCAAACGUA